AUGUCUCCCAGCGCCGCCCCGAAAGGAGGGAAACCAGAGGUCGUCACCUGGAUGUCCCUCCCGCACAAGCCUCAACUGUUCAUCCUCGCCAUCUGCCGCCUGUCCGAACCCCUCUCGAACACCUGCCUCCUCCCAUAUCUAUACUACCUCAUACGCUCAUUACAAACUGCCCCCAAUACGAGCCCAGCUUCGAUAUCACGACAAGCUGGGCUCCUUGUCUCUCUUUUCGCAUUUUCACAGUUCGCUACGUCGGUACCAUGGGCCAGUGUGGCAAACAGGUUGGGGAGGAAGCCGAGCAUCAUUAUCGGGCUCACACUCUCCAUUAUUUCAAAUAUCGGUUUCGGGUUCUCAACAAGCAUACCGGCGGUGAUGUGUUGGCGGGUCUUGGCUGGCAUUGGGAAUGGGAAUACGGGAGUUAUGAGGACAAUGACGGCGGAGAUCGUUAAGGAGAGGAAAUACCAGAGUCGAGCAUUCCUGCUUCUGCCAUUGGUAUUCAACUCGGGGGUAGUUCUUGGGCUUGCACUUGGGGGCUGUCUGGCUGAUCCAAUCGUCAACCUUCCUUGGCUAUUCGGACCUACAGGCGUUUGGAACUUUUCGAAGGAUCCAGAAGGAGUGGCUUGGAUGAGGGCUUACCCAUUCGCGCUGCCUACGUUAUUCAAUGCGGCAGUGCUGUUGGUCAGUCUUUUCUUCGCAGUGUUCUUCUUGAAGGAAACGAUGCCCGGAAAGACCGACCACAAAGACUACGGAUUAUUGGCAGGAGCAGCUAUGAAAAGUCUCUUCAGGAGAAUAUUCCACAAAGAGUCUUCCUCUGGCUAUUCAACCCUCCAAGAAGAAAAUUUCGGCACCGAAAUUUCGAACCAACUCGAACCACCAACCCCAAAGACCUCAGGACUCACAGUCCAACCACUCAGCCGGGCGGGACCCUCCAAACCAAAGCUCUCCAUAACCUCCCGUGCAAUCUACACUCACGAAGUUCUCGUAACAAUUGUCUCCUUCGGCCUCCUCCCACUCCACAAUGCAGCAUUUAUGCAAGUCUUCCCCGUCUUCCUCUCGACACCCUACUUCAAGAAUGAUUCCCCUACAGCGCUGAAAUUCAACGGCGGUCUGGGCCUCUCGUCCCCUACAAUCGGGCUCUUCCUCUCUGCGUUCGGAAUCUUCGGCAUACUGAUUCAACUCUGCGUAUACCCCUCCCUCCAAGCCUGGCUCGGCACUCUGAGGAGUUAUAGAGUGGCGUUGAGUGUGUUCCCACUGGCAUAUAUACUCGCCCCGUACCUAUGCCUCAUCCCAGAGACCAAUGUGGCGUUGCAGAGUCUUGGGAUUGUUUGUAUACUGUUCCUACAAGUGACAGCACGAACUUUCGGCAUCCCAUCGAGCGUCAUCCUUCUCACAAACUCAGCGCCUACGCCCUUGGCCCUUGGGGCCGUGCAUGGGGUGGGGAACAUGGUCAGCAGUCUCGCCCGUGCUGUGGGACCGCUGAUUGGAGGUGUGAUAUUUGGAUUUGGGCAUGAUAUUGGGGUUGUGGGGACGGUGUGGUGGGGGUACUUGAUGGUUAUCUCUGUGCUUGGGUUGGGAUGGAGUUGGAUGUUGAAAGAAGGCGAGCGGCCGAGGGAGAAGGGGCCGGGGGCCAUAGAGUUAGGCCCUGCCGGUAAGAAGGAAAUAGAUGGAGAAAAGGGCGAGGAUGAGGAGAAGGAGGCGUUGUGUCCGAAGUAG